AUGUCGACAUCUUUCCUUAUUAGGAGAACGGCUGCUGCGUCUGCUGCGUCUGCUGCGUCUGCUGCACCUCUCCGGCUAGCCCGUCAUGUGAUCCCAGGACAGCAGCAACCACAGCAGCGACACUUCUCCCUAGGCGCAGCCUUUGCCGCCGCCUCAACCACGACAGCAGAGAGCAUCACCUUCAUCCACCACUGCGGUCUGCCGUGGUACGUGACCAUACCGCUGGUGGCCGCCACCGUCAACUUCACCUGUCGUCUACCCGUCUACUGGUACGUGCGGGUGCUGCAGAACCGGCGCACCCGGAUCCUGCCACUCUACCAGGCCUGGACGUCGACGCACGCCCAGGAGGCUGCCGGCCUCGUUGCUGGCGGACCAUCCAGCGCCGUCAGCCAGGAGAAUGUGGCGGCCAAGCGGAAGCGCGACUCGCAGACGUUCAAGCUGAUUCGCAGGUCCCGCCAACGCCUGUACCGCCAGUUCAGCUGCCAGACGUGGAAGAGCUUCACCCCGCUGCUGUCCAUGGGGCCCUUUAUCAUGGUGACGGAUGCGCUGCGACGUCUGGUGGGCACCUCGACCCUCGCAGGCGAUGGCUCCGCUGCCGUCACGGGGCACGGGCUUGUGGAGCAGUCCAUCACCGAGGGCGGGCUGGCUUGGUUCACGGACCUGUCCCUGCAGGACCCGUACAUGGUCCUGCCCCUCGUGUGCUCAGUCGCCAUGGCCAGUUCCGCCUGGAGGGGCAUGGACGCCAAGACGCUCCUCGAGAGGCUAACCGGCAAGGCUGGCGCCCCCAACGGGCUGCAGUUCCUGUCGGGCGUCAUGGGCCGCGUAGCUGUGCUCAUCCCCGUCAUCCCGCUCCUGCUGUACUCGCAGCCCGCUGCCAUCUUCCUUUACUGGAUCACCACCUUCAGCCUCAACCACGCCAACUCGGCUAUAUACGACCGCUUUCUGCCGGUACCCAAGCCCGAGUUGAAACCAUCACCGCCUCAGGUCAGCAAGGAGAAGCCACACGUGUCUCUGCCGUGGCUGCACUCUGGUGAGAUGCAGAUAAACGCCAAGACGACGAGCACAUAA